CACAAUAUACGUUUAUUUGUCAACGACGGACAACAAGCAACUUUGACGCUGUCCCGCUGUAAUGCUGCGAUAGUGCGAUCCAGUCAGUUAUAUUUAUUAUACUAAAGACGUGUAAACUUGCUACCUCUGGCUCUAUUGCUGUCUCUAUCGGACCUCUACUUAACGCAUCCGACACCAAAUUUUGUGAUCCGCUCAUAUACUCAAUACAGUAAUUAUAUUCGGACACUAGCCAAUAGCGGAUUAUUUUAUCAAAACAUUGAAUAAUGUUAGUUUUUAUUGCCAUAUUAUUGUCGAUGACGCAAGUGCUUGCAGUAAAAUGGGAAUUAAAGUUUAUCGAUCCAGUUAUCCCAGAGUAUCCUGAGUCUAUGGAAAGUGUAAGUUAUCUGUUGGGGUCGAUGACACCUUACCAUGCACCAAAGACAUGUACGGAAUCUAAAGCAUUAUUAGUGAUGAGACACGGACCUAAAUUUCCGAAACAAAAUGUUAUGGAUAAAUUUAAAAAAUUAAAUGAUUUUCAAAAUAAACUUAAAAGUCUAUACUCAAAUAAUAAUGACGCCUUCAAGGCCUUAUCAACUGAUAGUCAAUUCGUUAUUGAAAAAAUAAUGAAAUGGGAAAAUAAAAUGACUAGUGACGAAGCAAAAGCAGCAAGCGAUAAAGGUAAAUUGACUACACAACAGUUAGGAAAAAGAUGGAAAACCAAAUUAAUAAAUAUGGUACUAAAUAUCAAAAAUGAAGAUAUAGAGUUCAUUUCAGCACCUGAAAACAGAUGCAUUAUUAGUGGUGAAGAGUUUUUAAGCGAGUUUCUCACAAUUAAAGGACAAUUAGUUGUAGAAAAAUUACCUGAAGUUAAAAAUAAGGGCAUAGACGAUUCUCGAAUAAAGUUGGCUAAAGGACCUAAAAUUCCUGAAACAGAAAAGAAUAUAGAAGAUCUUUAUUAUGAAAAAAUGUGCCCAGAAAAAGAAUGUGAUCUAAAAACAAGAAUUCGCAAUCUAUUAUUUCCAGAUGGAACCCCGGACUUUGAAGUAUCACGUGACGAAAUAACAAGCGAUGUGGUUUUAACAAUGUAUUUAGCAUGUGCAAAUAGUUUUGGGUAUGACUAUACAGAUAACGUUCAAGGACAUGCAUGGUGCACAUUAUUUAAUUAUAAAGAUAUAAAGAUGUUUGAAGGCAUGCAUGAUAUACAAUAUUACCAUAAAAAUGGAUAUUAUAAUAACAAAACUAAAAAUUUUGGUCUCCCAAUGAUGAAUGAAAUAUUGAACUUUUUAAAAAACACUACAACUAAAAAGUUCAAAUUAUUUUCUGCGCAUACCUCAAAUUGUCUAAGUUUAAUCACCGGAUUCCGUUUGUAUCAAGACGACGAAAAUCUGACACUCGAAAAUAUGACCAAAGAUAAUACAAUGAUUAAAAGAAAAUGGAGAAGUUCUUUUAUAGGCAAUUAUGCAUGUAAUGUAAUGGUUGUUGUUUAUAGUUGCGAACACACUGAAAACGCCGAAAACAAAGAACCACAGGAAGUUUCUAUUUAUUUAAAUGAAAAACCUUUAAUAAUGAUUUCUGAAGAAAAGAAAACGUGUACACAAUGUCCAAUAGAAGAUGUCAAGAACUUAAUUGAAAAAUUAUUGAUCGAUGCUAACAACGAAUUAAAACUAGCUGAGUCGAAAAUAGUAGAAGAUACGCCUGAUAAAUCUUCAAGUUGAAUUUAAUUAAUUCUUAGAAUAUUCAGUCAUUAUUUUAAGAAGAAUAUUAAACCAUUUCAUAUAGUUACACAAAUAAUCGUAAUCAAUUAAUGAUGAUGUAUUAAACUGUAGGUGAAAGACCAAGUUAAAGAAGCUUUUAUUCUCGGUAAAAAUCAAAAUAAAUACAUUUUAUAGUAAUUACAAUGUUUAAAAAAUAUUACAUAAUAUAAUCAAUAAUAUUAUUAUAGUGCCUUGUAGUAAUAAAUCUUUAACAUACAUAAUA